UAUUACAUAUCGUAUAUAGUUAUGGUUUGCUCAUCUCAUUGGAUUUUUUGGGCCCUCAAUCUUGAGCGGUGUGUAAGUUUGUCAUGAUUCUUAUUUACAGUCGUUAUUUUCAACCGAUUUGAAUGAAAUGUUGCAAUAUUACGUAAUUUGUUGUCUUUUAUAGUUGCUGCUGGUUGGUUAUUAUUUCCCAAGCAUGGAUAAAUUUGUGCACCCCAAGUGUUCGAUGAAAUUACCCACACAGAUUUUGUCCAACAUUUUUAUUUUCUUUAAUUUUAAAUUAAAAAUGAUAUUAUUGCCACUCACUAUGAUAUGUUAAGAGGGUGUUUUCAUAUAUACAUAUACGUUUGAAGUUGAAUAAAUAAUUUUUUUUUUUACUGUUUUUUUAUUUUUUCAUGCUCCCAUUGAGGGUGUUACUGAUAUUUAUCAAAUACUAAUAACAUGUUUAAAAUCACAGACUUUAUAAGUAGAGGAAGAUAGAAGUGGCUGGGUGUGUGUGAUUGAGGAGUCAUUUCUUGUUUGUUGUGAAGUUGGAGUGCUUUACAACUUUUUCAUAGCAAUGGAUGGAGCUGAUGAUGAAGCAAAAUGGGGAAUUGUUCUCUUGUAUUGGGCAAAUCUACUUGUGGUGGUGAGCUCUGGUGUGAACAUAGCAGACUGUGUUAUUCAAAACUGAUAUGUGGAAACAGAUAGUUGGAGCACCAAGUAUGUAAGGCCUGGUGAACAUGGCAGACUGUGUAUGUAGCUCAGAAAGCUCUCAGCUUGGAAGCUUUCAGAUCCCUUAAAUACCACAUUUAAAUAACAGUUUCUGUUGUCACUAAUCUUUAGAGAUGCUGAGAUUUCCUGGCCAUUUUCGAUCGAUGAGAAUGUCAUGUUUCUCAGUCUUAUUCUCCUUCACCCUAAACUCUAAUUCUUACAAACCUUCUCUUAAAUCCUUAGGAGGCUUUAUGGGUUCGAUGAGUUAUGCCAAAUUGAGUGAUCCCAAUUACAAGUUGUUGUUUUCAGAUUAUCUUAGGAAUAAAAGAGUCGAUGAAGCUCGGGAAGUGUUUGAUCAAAUUCCUUAUCCGAAUGUGUAUUUGUACUCGAUGAUGAUAUCUGGUUAUGCUAGAAAUUGUCGGUUGGAUGAUGCAUUGAAACUAUUCGAUGAAAUGCCUGUUAGAGAUGCAGUUUCUUGGAAUUUAAUUAUUAAAGGGUGUUUGGAUUGUGGGGAGUUGUCUAAGGCUGCAGAGAUUUUUGAUGACAUGCCUGGAAAGAAUGUUGUUUCUUGGACGACAAUGAUUCAUGGGUUGAUGCUGUUUGGGGAAGUUGAGAUGGCUGAGAUCUUGUUUCAUAAGAUGCCCACGAGGGAUGUGGCUGCUUGGAAUUCGAUGGUACAUGGUUAUUUUAGUAAUGGUAGAGUGGAAGAUGCUGUUAACUUGUUUGAGGUAAUGCCUUGCUGUAAUGUAAUUUCGUGGACUUCGAUGAUCGGUGGACUUGAACAGAAUGGCAAGAGUAAUGAAGCUUUGUCUCUCUUCCAAAAGAUGAUGUGUUCUGGUUUCAAACCCACUUCAACCACGUUGGUAUGUGCCUUGACUGCCUCGGCAAAAGUACCGGCUUUAUAUUUGGGUGUUAAAAUUCAUGGUCAAAUUGUCAAGUUAGGCUACUUCUUUGACGAGUAUUUAUCUGCUUCUCUUAUAACCUUUUAUGCAAAUUGUAAGCAAGUAGAGAGUGCUUGCAAGGUUUUCAAAGAAAAACUGCACAAAACUGUGGCGGUCUGGACAGCCCUUGUAACUGGAUUUGCCUUGAAUGGCAAGCCUGAAAAUGCAUUAGAAGUUUUUCGAGAUAUGAUGAAAUUGGGUGUCCUUCCAAAUCAGUCUUCUUUUACCAGUGCUUUGAAUGCAUCUUGUGCAUUGGAGUCUCCUGAUAGAGGCAAGGAAAUCCAUUCAGUGGCUAUAAAACUAGGUUUGGGAACUGAUGUAUUUGUGGGUAAUUCUCUUAUUGUCUUAUAUAGUAAAUGUGGUAAUAUAAGUGAUGGGAUUUCUGUGUUUAUGAGGAUUGGUGAGAAGAACAUUGUGUCAUGGAAUUCCCUUAUCAUGGGAUGCGCACAACAUGGUUGUGGGACAUUGGCCUUGACUCUGUUCAGCCAAAUGAUGCGUGUGGGGGUCGUGCCAGAUGAAAUCACAUUUACGGGCUUGCUUUCUGCUUGUAGCCAUUCCGGGAUGUUACAGAAAGGAAAAGGCUUUUUCAAAUUUUUUAGUGAAGCGAAAACUUUUGAGGUGAAGCGCGAACACUAUUCUUGUAUGGUCGAUGUCUUAGGCCGAUGUGGGAAGUUGGAAGAAGCAGAGGAGUUAGUUAGAAACAUGCCUUUUGAAGCAAAUUCCAUGGUAUGGCUAGCUUUACUUGGCGCUUGUAGGAGCCAUUCUAAUUUGGAUGUGGCUGAAAGAGCUGCAAAGAACAUUUUUGAACUGGAACCACAUUGUAGUGCUGCUUAUGUAUUGUUGUCGAAUAUCUAUGCUUCUGCAAACAGAUGGAGUGACGUCUCAAGAAUUCGAAUGAUGAUGAAGCACAAUGGUGUUGUAAAACAACCAGGCUCUAGUUGGGUCACUCUGAGGGGAUUCAGACAUGAAUUUCUUUCUGGUGAUAGGUCUCAUCCACUCAGUGAAAAAAUAUAUCGAAAACUAGAUUGGUUGCGAGUUAGGCUGAAGGAAUGUGGUUAUGUUCCUGAUCAGAAGUUUGCUCUGCAUGAUGUGGAGGCUGAACAAAAGGAAGAGAUGUUGUCUUACCAUAGUGAGAGGCUUGCUAUUGCAUUUUGCUUGGUUAGUACCCCUGAGGGGAGUGCAAUAACUGUGAUGAAGAACCUUCGUGUAUGUGGGGAUUGUCAUUCUGCCAUCAGGCUUAUUGCAAAGAUUGUUGGACGCAACAUCGUUUUAAGAGAUUCAAGCCGAUUUCAUCACUUUAGCAAUGGCAUCUGUUCUUGUGGUGAUUACUGGUAGUAUGAAAUAUGUGUGGAAUCCUUUUUCUUGAAAUGAAUGAAAUACGAGUAGGUCUGAGAAUGUCCAAGGAAUGGAAAGACAUGAUUGAGAAGAACUUUAUUGCCUGGUGAUUACAUAUUUUCAUUCUUAAGGAAUUCCCAGUGAUUGAUUUUUUCUGAUAUGAAUUUUUUGAAUUAAAACUCGAUCAGACUGAGUAUGUUAUGAUCUGUAUUUCGAGUGUCUUGAUUUCAGAUAAUAGUCAAUAUUUCAUUCCACGGAUCAUACUUGUGAUGCGACAGAUCAAAAUGUGGAAUGAAAAAAUGGGCAGCCAUCAAUCCAUGCUUAAUGAGAAGAGAAAAUAGUUGGCUUUGAGAUUUGUUAGAGCUGUACACAAAGAUAGUACUGCUAUGAAGACCAUCAAGGUACUCUUUCGAAGAUGACACAAACCACUACCGUUGCUGUUUGCAUUUGAAGUUUGAAGAUUUGAUGAAUAAGUUUCUUAGGUGCAGUGAAAAUGGUGGACAAGAGGAUAGAAGAUUCGAAGGUUGAGAUAAUCACCAAACAGAACCAGCAAAAUGGUGAUCAACUCAAACUCAAUGCCAUAACUCAACAACUCAACCAUCUCAAUUACAGUCAUUCAUUGCUCAAGAGGGGUUUCACUAGGACCAUAAUGAUCUUCUCUCAAUUACUUGAUCCACAAGAUUCUGAAGACUACACCCACUUACAACUCCUCCAAGACCAACUUCACAAUCUCCUCCCUCCAAGGGAGAUGAUAACCGACGACAAAGUCCUCUUACUUGUGAUGCAUGAAAUCAAGAACUGGAUUACAAAGGCUGACAUUCAUUCUGAGAAGAUGAAAGAGUUGGCUUUGAGACUUGAUACUAAAGAAAGAGUUUGUUUUUCUUGUAAAGAGGAAGUGAAGGAGUGGAGUAUGACUGAGGUUUUGAUGAAUAUUUAUGGAUUCAACAAUCUUGAAAGGGCGAAACAUGAAGAGAUGAUCAUAAGGAAGUUGAAGAAGGAAGAAGCUUUGUGUUUGUCAACUGAUCACAGGUCACCGGCAGAGAUUAUUUACAUGAUUGAUGGAAAUCUAAUGGAAAUUAAGAGCAAUCUUGGUGAGUUCUUGCAGGUGAUCAACGAGAUCAGAAACUCGAGUGAAUUCGGUGUAGAGAUGGAGGAAGCUAAUCAUGAGUUGUUGCAGUGGUUGUGCUAUGUUGAGAGAGAGAUCUUUGUUCUGGUUAAUGAUCUGGUUUUUAUUUUUAACAAGUACCCAAUGGAGAUCAUCACAAAGCUUCAAGAGCUUAAAAAACAAGAGCAAGGGAAGGUGCCUUUGGUGGUGUACCGGAUACUGUUUUUACUAGAAGAAAAAAUGGUGGUAGCUGAGGCAGGAGCUGUAGUCUUAUCCAUGAAUGAAGCUGAAUUUGAAUAUUUAAUGCGUCAACUCUUCCUGAUGAUUUUGAUGUGCUCACAUGUUAUGAACAACAUCUACUCUUCAAAUAGUAAUAUUUGUUCUCAGAAGGAAGUUUUUCUUGAGUCUUUUCAUCUUGUUAGAAGAUGUGAUGAGAAAAUAAGUGCUAUGAGAGAGGAGGUUGAUGAGUUGAUUAGAUUCAACUAGAGUAAGCAUUGGUUGAGUGAGUAUAUAGACCAGAGACUAUUCUUAAAAAUGGGGUUUUGAUGUAAUUUUAUUUUAGAGUAUUCAUAAUGUAAAUGUCACAAUCUUGAAUCAGAUUAUUGGCAUGCAUGCAUGGUCUGUUAUGGUUUUAA